AUGUGGUGCGCCGCCCUAGAAUUUGUCCUCUGGCUGGUUGUCUCUGUGAAGCCGAUCGUGAUGGGAGCACAACUCUGCCGCUCCGCGCGCGAGGGACGCCUGGUGGACACGGCUCUCGUCACUAACCUGACGCUGGCCAUGGUACUUCUCUGGCUGCUGGAAGUGCUGGACGCACUCGUCCUCGCGUACAUCUUCUCCAUGCGGGCCCUCUACGUGUGCAGUCGCAUCAUUUUGUCGCUCUAUCUGCUUCACCCGCGUUUCCGCGGGGCGACACGUGUGUACAGACGCUUCCUUGCCGUCCCGGUGGCUCGUUACGCGCCGCUUGUCGAUGACCUCGUGGCGCAGCAUCUUUUGGAGCUCGAGCGCUCCGGCGGCUUUUGUUACUUGAGCACUGCGUGGCGCUCGCUGAUGCUUGCCGCAAGGUUUUUGUUGGACUUCAUGAAUCAGUUGAUUUUUCCCUCAAAACCGGCAUUAUUUUCGCCGCAGCCGGAGUAUUCUCCGGGAGCUGUGGCCGCCCCAGCUGCCUCUCCAGAGUUGACGGAUAUUUUUUCGUUUUAG